UAUAAGCCGUUGCUCGUUCCCUCAUCCAUCUUGAGAUUGUUCAUUUCGGAGACAUGCUCAGCUUCGAGAGAGAAGACAACACACACACACACACCCUCAUGCCUAGAUCCAAGAUUCAACGCCUAACCUCAUAUUCGUCACCAACUUCUCAGUCCGCACGCUAUUGGCCUUAGAUGCAAGCCCUGACAUCUACAAACAUCCAUCAUACCAUUUUGGUUCCGUAGAGCUGUGGCCGCCUCCACCCGCUGGACCGCCAUGUCGCCUACCCAAGUCGUGACCAGGCCCUGCCGCUCGCCGUUCCAGAUGGACGGAACAUCAGAGACAUAUUUCAUGAGAUAUCCCGGAGCAGCUGUGCUCUCCUCCCCGCCAGUCGAACCCCUGCCGGUCAAAGAGGAGCUCCUCGAGCUCUGCGACUCGGUCCGGACGUCCCUUCAGCGGGAGAAGAGCUUUGGACCGCACGCAGACAGAGUCCAAGAGCUCUUCGAGAAGAUUUUGAAGGAAGAACUGCGUCACAGUCCCUCUCUUGACUUCGAGACGCUUCAGUACGCUCGUCUGGACAAGCUCCUCGCCGACGUCCUCGACCCCGCCUGCCGCCCAUCUCCGCUACCCCUGCGCUUUCGUGCCGACAUGGCCGUCGCCGAGAGUCUUCAAAAGAUCUGGAGGAGCAGGUUCCGCGAGCAGUACUUUGCCCUCGACCAGGUGCGUCAGCGCAGGCUGUCCAUCGGCGGCGAGAUGCGCGACAUCCACUUUACCGCCGCCGGCAUGGACCCCCUCGAGUCUUGGACCGUCCGCAACAGCUGCCCCGAUCCCAUAUCGGAGCUUGAGGGAAACCAACAGUUUGAGCCUGGCCACUGGUGGCUGAAUCUGGCCUGCGCCCAGCGCGACGGCAUCAUUGGCACCGCGGUCGAGAAGCCCACCAAGGGCAAGUACGGCGUCACCGCCCUUCCCCUCCUGACAGGGCUCGAGGAGCACGUCCGCGGCAAGCUCUACCGAUACGUCCGCGAGGGGCGCCUCUCCGACAUGCACGUCUCUCUUCUCACGCAGGUCGGCACUCAGAUCCGCAUCCUCAGGGGCUAUCGCCUCAAGAGCACACUGGCUCCACAGGCCGGUGUGCGCUACGACGGACUUUACACCAUCCGCCAGUACGGCAACAAGCUCGACGCCACCACCGAUAAGUACCGCCUCGAGCUCCUGCUGGAACAUGUUGAUGGCCAGAAGAGCCUCGAGGAGGUGCAGAAGGUGCCCAGGCCAUCCCAGAUGGAUGACUGGCAGACAUUUAAGAAGGUCGAGGCCGAGAUGGUCCGCCAGCGCAAGGGCGACGAUGGCCUGCUCGACUUCAAGAUGCUCAAAGAGGAGGAACGCAUCGACCGCGAGCACUGGAGGCGUUCGAGCGAGUUCCGGGCCACGCUGGGCCAGGAGGUCUGCGGGCUGGGGCUUACAAUGCCUGCCUAG